UGUCUGCAGCGGCUGCCGUCCACAGAGCCGUGCUCGCCCAGUGGCGCUCGCUGCUCGGCCUGUUUUGAAGCGCUGGCGGUUUGGUAAUGCUUUUCAGCGCUAGCUUGUAUGUGCAGCGUUAGUCAGAAGAGAGUGGAGUUGGGAGAGAUAGCAGCUCUCUGUGCACGAGGUACUUUGUGUGCUGGAGCUUGCAAAGCUGAGCUGUGUGAUGCUGUUCUAACCGUCAAGAAACGCAGUGUAGUGUAUUCUAGUGGCCCAUUAUGGUUUUAGGCAGCUUGCAUCUGUGAAACAGAGAUGACAGGCUAGACAAGCAUCUGUCAGCAUUGGUUUAAGUGCAAUUCUUCUUGCUUGGGGGGGGGGGAGUGGCUUGGACUAAGCCAGUGUUUUGUAACAGCUUUAUUUUUGCACUGACUUGCUUUUUCAAGCACUUCUAGAAAUGGUUUGUAGACCACAUGUUUAAAACUACUAGAUUAGAUGCUCUCUCAUGUGUUUAUCCCAUGCUUAUUCAUUUUACUAAAAUAUUUCCUGAGUUUGUGAGAGUGACUUUGGGGGAGGGUGAAAAGUCUACAGCUAUGUAGUAUCUUGCAAGGUUCUCUCUUGUGCUGAUCCCACCCUGUGCGUCUUGGAUACUGAACUGGAUGGUGUGAAUUUCUUUCUGGAAGUGCCUCUCUGUUCCAUGAUAGCAGAUGGGGCCUAGAUAAGUGGCUUAAACGCUGGGUACAGGUAUGCUACUGAAAAAAAGAUAUUAAAUGUCCUCUCAAUUGUUUUCUGUUACUUUAACGUAACUAUUAAAUGCAUUGUAAUUUAAUAAAGCUAUGUAUUAAAUAGUCUAUAUAAAUAGUCUGUCUCGUCUCUGCUCACUUGUCAGUUUGUUGAAAUAUUUUAGUAAUACUAAAAAAGCUUGAUUAUUAACUUCAGCCCUCCUUUCGCUGACGCUCUUUUUCUCUUCAGACUUUUGUUUGCUUGUUGAUGUAUUCUCUGCUAAGAUACGUAAACUUUGUGCUUGUAACUUGUGACAUGCUUUUCCGGAUAAUAUUUAACAUGCUAGAAUGUGCUAAACAGAAAUAUUAAUUAGCUAUCUAAUUAUGAAAGAAUCUAAUAGCCCCAUUUACAGUGAUGUAAGAAAUUAACCACUGGGGAUGCUUUAGUGCUGAAGAAGUCACUGGCCAGAAGAGCUAGUUGAUGAAUGUGUUUAGGCCUUUCUACAGACUGUAAUUAAAUCAAUAAUAAACAGCUAGAGCAGAAGUUGCUACUGUUGGAAGGUAGAUGUGUAAAAGUAAACUUGUUUCUUUUAUGUUCUUUAGGACGGCCUUGGCAAGAUUUCGUCAGGCUCAGCUUGAAGAAGGAAAGGUUAAGGAGCGAAGACCUUUCCUUGCAUCAGAGUGUAAUGAAUUGCCUAAAGCUGAGAAAUGGAGGCGACAGAUCAUCGGGGAAAUUUCCAAGAAGGUGGCACAGAUUCAAAAUGCUGGGUUAGGCGAAUUCAGAAUUCGGGACCUGAAUGAUGAAAUUAACAAGCUUCUGAGGGAGAAAGGACACUGGGAAGUCAGGAUAAAGGAGCUAGGAGGUCCUGAUUAUGCUAGAAUUGGACCUAAAAUGCUAGAUCAUGAAGGGAAAGAAGUUCCAGGAAACAGAGGUUACAAAUAUUUUGGAGCUGCGAAGGAUUUACCAGGUGUUAGAGAACUUUUUGAAAAGGAGCCCCUCCCACCACCCCGGAAAACUCGUGCUGAGCUUAUGAAAUCCAUCGAUGCAGAAUACUAUGGCUACAGGGAUGAAGAUGAUGGUAUUCUGGAGCCACUGGAACAAGAACAUGAGAGGAAAGUUAUAGCAGAAGCAGUGGAAAAAUGGAAAAUGGAGAGAGAGGCACGACUUGCGAGAGGUGACGAGGAGGAGGAGGAGGAAGUAAACAUCUAUGCUGUCAAUGAUGAUGAGUCUGAUGAGGAAGGUGGCAAAGAAAAAGAAGGUGAAGAAGGCCAACAGAAAUUUAUUGCACAUGUUCCAGUGCCAUCUCAACAGGAGAUUGAGGAAGCUCUUGUACGGAGAAAGAAGAUGGAGCUUCUUCAGAAAUAUGCUAGUGAAACUCUUAUGGCCCAGAGUGAAGAAGCAAAAAGACUUCUAGGGUUGUAAGACUGCAUCAGUAUGUCCUGGUUUUUAGAUAAUCCAUCCAACAGGUUCACAUAUGCUGGUAGCAGGUUCAAAUAUUCUGGUAGCAAUCACAUGUAACUCUGAAGGUCCCUGUGGGCGUUACGAGUAAGAUGUGAUCAAGUGAUAGUGUAUUGUUUAAAAGGGGUGGGGGGAGACCAAGCCUAGGUUAAUUUGGUCUCUAAGUUUCCAGUAACUGUCUUCAAUACUUCCCCUUUGUGAAAGUCUGUUCAGUGGUGGUACUUAUGGGUAGAACAGCAAAAGCAGUAACUUCUUAAAACCUGAGGGAAAUCCGCUGUUACUGCUAUUCUGAGAGUCUCCUGCGUCCUGACUGUAAGUGUACGCAAGUUUAUCUUUUUGAUUACCCUCUAGAUCAGGUCACCAAAGCUUAUUCUGUUACACCAGAUCUGCUUACCAGAAUAGCUUAGAACCUGUUUAGAGAUAGAUUGGCAGAUCUCAUGAAUGACUUCAAAGUUGAUUUGGUUCUUUAUCUAACAGUGCAUUUUUUUAAUGCAAUAUGUCUAAAAGCUGUUGCCCUCUUAUCGUUUGUAACCGUGCCUGGUUGGAUUGCUCAAGUGCUGAAUAUUUCAGCAGCUAUUGUAAAUACUUUCACCUUUGUAAUGCCUUGUUAAAAUAUGUUUAGUAAACCUUUAAUAUAAAUCGAUG